AGAGACGUCCUGAGUGAGUGCCCUACUUGUCAGGCACGCAGGGCACAAACUGCCCUAUUCCUAAAUCGAAACUUUCCUUGGGUGGAUGAGAAAGAUACCUGAAGUAUCAUCAGCCAGCCAGAGCAGCCCCAAUGCUGGAGUGUAGAGCGUGUCUCUGGAGGUGCCUACGCGCAAUAUGCUCUGAAAUAUCUCCACCGCCGUUUGUUGGCUUCUCGCCGUCCAAAGGACGACCUCGCGCCAAGGGCGCGCCUCACAUCUCCAUCCGACAUGCCUCUUCUCUUCGCAAACCGGGGAGGGAAACGUUCGAGAAGCCCCAAAACUCGAUCAUCAGGGCUGUCAAAAGCAUAGCUUCGGUCCCACAUAGCAGCACGAGUCUCGUCACGACGGCGCAGUGGAGACGCUUGAAGCUGGAGCUCCCAUGGCUGGCUAGCGAUCGCAUGAAGGUCUUGGAGCGGACGAAGACAUUGCUGAAAAGUGGACGUCGGGCCGAAGCCAUCGAGCUGGUUCGCCUCGUCAGCAAAAACCAUGAUUGCACCAUCGCGUGGAACGCGCUGCUGAGUGAUCUUAUGGAGGACAAGAAGGUCAACGCAGCCUUCAAGCUCUACAACGAUAUGAAGAAGCGAGGUCAGCAUCCGGACUCGUACACUUACUCCACACUCUUCAAUGGCCUCUGUUCUAACUCCACGGUACCGAACAUUGGAAGACGCGCGGUGGCCCUCUGGCAGUCGCUCAACAACCCGAACUCGAAGAUCAGGCCAACCAUCCUGCUCACCAAUGCAGCUCUCAAGGCCUGUGCGAGCGCGAAGGAUAUGGAUGCCAUCUGGGCAAUCGCUGCCGCUAUCCCUGACUCCGGCCCUGAAGCGGCGAACAGCAUUACCUACACGACCAUUCUCAACGCUAUGCGCUUUGAUACCGAAGUAGAGCUUGGUUCUGAUAUUACCAAGGCACAGGAAGUUGCCCUGGACACCGCAGUCGCUCAGGGUCGUCGGAUCUGGAUUGACAUCGUAAACCGGUGGACCAACGCCCGGCUCGUGAUUGACGAAAACCUCGUCUGCGCAAUGGGAAGACUGCUGCACGCAAGCCUUCGUGCGCAUGACUGGGACGACAUCUUCUCACUCUUCGCCCAGACGAUGGACAUUCCUCGCCAGGCUCCUCCAUUAUCGGCGCGCGAUUCGACGUACCAUUCCACGAUUCCAGAUCUGAGUCCGGCGCCGUUUGGAUGCUCUGAUAGGACUAUACCACUGCCAUCUCAUGAGGUCUCCGAUAAGAUCGGCAAGGAGUUCUGCGUUCCACGUAAAGGUUGCAUGGAAGUGAAGCCCACAAACAUUACCUUGACGUUGUUGAUUGAAGCCUGUCAAAAGAUGUUCCUGCCAAGACCGGCGAAGAGGUACUGGAAGCUGCUCACCCAAGAUCCAAAAUUUGCCAUCACUCCUGAUGAGGUCAGCUGCCACGCUUACCUGCGCAUGCUUCGUCAAUCGAAGGCCAGUGCAGACGCAGUGCUCUUCGUGCGGGAUGACAUGAAAGAUGUGCCUGUUGCCGGCAAGACUUUCCGCAUAGCAAUCAGCGCGUGUGUCAAGAACAUGAUCUCGCCCUAUGCUAUGAAAGAAGCCACCGAUCUAAUGGACAUCAUGCUCAUGCGCCUCAAGGUUGUCGACAUCAAAGCAAGCAUCAUGUACAUGAAACUCGCGCUCAGCAGCCCGCAUGUCCAAGACACCCUGGUGGCUCUCGCGUACAUGACACCCAAGCGCACAAGGCUGGAUGAGAUUCUCUCCAAAGGCUCGGCGCAAGACAUGCAGACCAUGUUGGAGCUGGCGAAGCUUGUCGUCAGUGGAUUUGACCGAGUUCUGAACUCGGACGCUGUGCCGGAACAAUCUGGACGUGACGACUACAAGAGACGGAAGGCGACGUGGACCUACGCUGUGCAACGGCUAAUGAAUAACGGCCUGAGGGACAAGCCGAUUCUGUCGGACGAGGAGUUGACCUUACACGCCAAGAAGAAGGCUCUUCAGAGAUUUGAGCGCAAGAAAGAGAGAGACUACCUACGACAGAAGAGGCAAAACAGUCAGGCGGUACAAAUCGAUGAGGAGAAAAGGCGCCAGGAGGCCCUACCGGCGCUCGAGUCUGAUCCGAUGUAGACUGGGUACAUAGCGGGAUGUAGAGUAUCACGCGAAAAUCAAUGGUACAGCAAUUGAAAAAAGCCUUCGACCCAACGUUCGUUAUCGUGCGUGCACAGGAGGCUACGGUCAUUACAAAAUUUGGAAUGGGGAUGAAAUCGGUG